CUGCUGACAAACGUGUGCUGUGGCCAAUCACAACAGGUUAGCAGGGGGUGCGCAUAUGCGUGCUCAAAAACCAGGAAUUUCACCACAACAUACAGGGGUGGACUGACAACUCAUGGGGCCCCGGGCAAUAGGGGAUCAUGGGGCCCCUGUGUCCUCACCCAAGCUCAAACCACACCCAAAAAAGCCUAUGAAAGGUGCCAGGGGUAUCUCAUGGGGCCCCCUACUGACCCCGGGCCCUCAGGCAGUGCCCGAGUUCCCAAAUGGUCAGUCCGCCUCUGCUCAUUGCAUGAA